UUUUUGGUUGAAAUUUCCUUAUUAUCUAAACAAGACAUGUCGGUCUUUCAGAGAGAGAAAGUUAAAGAGAAGGUUCAUCACAAACUUGUUCUGCUCCAACGCGUGCGUAGACAGCAAUUUUGACGAGGGGAUUGGUUGCUGGUGGUGCUCUCGCUCUCUCUCUAAAACUCUUUCUCUCUCAAAAAAUCACUAAGUCCUUAAUCAAAUCCCCGUUCUUUUUCUCAGAUCGAAUGCCGCAUACCUAAGAAAUCCCCCAUAUAGUAGAGGCUUCUGAAGAUCAAAAGGUUUUUGAAGAAAAACCAACCUAAAAAGCACGGUUAAAUUGCAGGAGCUGGCUAAGUUUUUCCCGAUUUUCGAAGAAGCCCAGCCCUAGAAAAAAAAGGGAAAAAAAGAAAAGAGAGGAUUUGACCAUCUGAUUAGGGUUCCAGUGUUGGUCUCUUUUAGAUAUUGAAAUAAUUGGACUUAUAAAGGGAUAAUUGAAUAUAGAGAGAGAAUUAUAGCAUCUAGGUCAGCAAAAUUUGGAGCUUUUCUCUCUCUAUGCAAGCCGUUGAUCCCAAAAGAUGUAUAGCAAUUUCAAGGAGCAGGCCAUUGAAUAUGUGAAGCAAGCUGUACAGGAGGAUAAUGCAGGGAAUUAUGCCAAGGCCUUUAGCCUUUACAUGAAUGCCUUGGAGUAUUUCAAGACGCAUUUGAAAUAUGAGAAGAACCCUAAGAUCAAAGAGGCGAUAACCCAAAAAUUUACGGAGUAUUUGAGGAGAGCGGAGGAGAUUCGAGCUGUUUUAGAUGAAGGAGGAGGUUCAGGGCCUGCAAAUAAUGGAGAUGCAGCUGUUGCUACAAAGGCUAAGACAAAGCCAAAGGAUGGAGAGGGAGGAGAUGGAGAGGACCCUGAGCAGGCGAAAUUGAGGGCUGGCCUCAAUUCUGCGAUUAUUAGGGAGAAGCCCAACGUGAAGUGGAGUGAUGUUGCAGGGCUUGAAAGUGCAAAGCAAGCAUUACAAGAGGCUGUUAUCCUUCCUGUCAAGUUUCCUCAGUUCUUUACAGGUAAAAGAAGGCCAUGGAGGGCUUUCCUUUUAUAUGGUCCGCCUGGAACUGGAAAAUCAUACUUGGCAAAGGCUGUUGCGACAGAGGCAGAAUCUACCUUUUUCAGUGUCUCUUCAUCAGACCUUGUUUCAAAGUGGAUGGGUGAAAGUGAGAAGCUCGUUUCAAAUCUUUUCCAAAUGGCACGAGAAAGUGCACCGUCUAUUAUCUUUGUGGAUGAGAUAGAUUCCUUGUGUGGUCAGCGUGGGGAAGGCAACGAGAGUGAAGCCUCUCGAAGGAUCAAAACAGAACUUCUAGUACAAAUGCAGGGUGUAGGGAACAAUGAUCAGAAAGUUCUCGUUCUUGCUGCAACCAAUACCCCAUAUGCUCUGGAUCAGGCCAUACGUCGAAGAUUUGAUAAGAGAAUUUACAUUCCUCUUCCUGAUGUCAAAGCUAGGCAACACAUGUUCAAGGUUCAUCUCGGAGACACCCCUAAUAACUUAACAGAAAUUGACUUUGAGAAUUUGGCACGUCGGACAGAGGGAUUUUCAGGUUCAGAUAUCUCCGUUUGUGUAAAGGACGUUCUUUUUGAACCCGUUCGUAAAACCCAAGAUGCCAUGUUUUUCGUAAAAAGUGCGAGCGACAUGUGGAUGCCAUGUGGACCAAAGCAACCUGGAGCCGUGCAGACGACCAUGCAGGAACUUGCAGCUAAAGGCCUUGCUUCCCUGAUUCUUCCACCACCAAUCACAAAGACAGACUUUGACAAAGUGCUUGCGAGGCAGAGACCCACGGUCAGCAAAACUGAUCUUGAAGUGCACGAGAGAUUCACAAAGGAAUUUGGGGAAGAGGGAUAGUGGACUGUCUUGUAUUUAUUUUAAGUGUCAAUUGCAAAAUAUUGUGAGUUCAGCUGUGCAAAGUCUCUCUGAACAAGGUUGGUUUAUAGGUCGACGAUGAGAGAGACGAAUUGAUUUUCUUAAAUGGGUUUAUCGAAAAGCAUUAGAGAUUCAAGGACUUUGUCGUGACACCCACCUUGAUUACCUAUGCUUUUGACAUGUAUUUGUGUGAAGAUUGGGUAUUUGGAGAAAAUAGAAAAAUUACUGAACUUCAGAAA